UGUGAGCUCAGAGCAGAAAGAGGGAUGCACAGCACCGAGCACGGCUGAGAGUUUUUAUUUGUUUUCGCUUGUUUCUGUCAGAAUGUGUCAGUAGUUCUGUUCGGUUCUGGACCUCAAUUGCUAUCGUCAAGAUGGAGGCCAUGGAGGACGACAGCUCGGAGGUUAAAGACGACCACAACCACAACUAUUGCGGUGGUAAAGUCAGGGCGGCGCUUAGCAGCCAGGUACCGGAUGGAGUAGGAGCCCCUGAGCCCGUCUGUCCAACGGUACCGGGGGGAGAACCGGCGAAGCGGCAGGCGAAACCGUGGUCCGGUAGUCCCCGCGGGUCAAAGUUCAUGGACUCGGACACAGGCAGUGAGAGCAGCGAAGUUAGCGAGCCGGACUGCUCGGCUGCUAGCACCGAGGACAAAUUCAGACUCGACUCCACUUCCAAGUUUCUGUUGAAUGCGAUGGCAGUAGAAGACUACCGGAAAAACCACUGGCCCAACCUGGAGGAGGCGAUAGACCGCCUGCUGAUCCAGAACUUCUCGGACCACAUUUCGGUCUCCUACGCUCAGAUCUACGGCUACGUCUACAAGUGUGUUUGCCAGCAGCACUCUGAGCUGCUCUACAGCGACCUGACCUCCAAGAUUUCAGCUCACCUGCAGCAGGUUUCCACACAACUACAGGCCAGCCCAACUGAAAACCUGAUUGAAAACUUCAACAUCGCUCUGACUCAGUACUUAGCGUCUCUUCAGUGUAUCGUUCCAGUGUUUAUAUACUUGAACAAGUUUUAUAUUGAGUCGAAACUGAACCGAGACCUGAAAGAGGAUCUGAUGAAGCUGUUUGCAGACCAUGUUGCAGAAGAACAUCUAAGCAAGUUGAUGCCUCUGCUCAUUAAAGCUCACUCCAUGCCGUUCCAAGUGCAGCCGUCGACGAUGGCCAGCGUGGUGAAAGGCCUCCACAGCCUGCGACCAGAGUGGGCCCAGCUCGCUCCGGCCCUCUUCUCCAGCUUCAUCCCACAGAUCCACCCCCCCGCCAUGGAGUCGCAGCUGCUCGAUUACGCCGACUGCGACCGGAAGCUGCAGAUGGAGCUCUCCAUGAACGGCUUUCCACGGGGCGACCAAUCCCGCAAACGUGCCAGCGAAGACUCCUGAUGGCGCCGGCUCUGUUGCAGAACUCUACUGCGCCUCCUACAGAUUGAGCCCACUCGCUGCUCUAAAUACACACUCAACAUUGCCUCACGUUCGUCUCUGUUGACGCGACGCCACAAAAACACUGUGAACGACACAACGACCGCAACCUUUUUCAUUUUGAUGCAAGGGAGGGAAAAUCGACACUCUCAGACUUCCAUACACGUUCUUCCCUCUCUGAUUCCAGCUGCUGUGAUUUGCGUCUGCAGCUGGAAAUCCUGUGAAUGUUUGAUACAUAAGGGGCUAAUAAACACUUUCUAGUUGCUGCUAACCAUAAUCUUUGUGUUUAAAUCCCACAAAUCGCUUGUUACAGAAAAAAAAACAAACGUAAGACCUCUGUUGCAAUUCUCUACUUUUACGUUGCCUUUAACGCAUAACUAACAAAAUAAAACGUUUGCCAAAGAGGAGCAGAAGAUAUUUAACUAUUAUAUGUGAUGCUUUUCAUUCAGGCUCCUUCCUCCCUUUAACGUUUGCACUGAUCAGCCAUUACCAGUGCAUCUUCACAUCAGCUGUUAACUUAUUUCUGUAAUGUAAGAUAAAAGUUGUAAAUUAUAUUGAUUUGCUAAUUACAGAAUGAUGGAUGUAAAGAGUUUAAUUCUGUUAAUUUAAUGAAAACUUCAAAUUAGGUUUUUUUUGAAAAUUACAGCUAUUUUUUUAAACUCUCUCCUGCAACACUUUUUGUCCUUCCACUAAACUUUCUGUUGAAUGCAGCAGCUUCUUUUAUGCUCCUUCACUACAAAACCCCAAAUUUUACUCAAGAUUUCUGGUCUAUUCAUUGUAAAUGUCUUGUAUUACACAAGACAAAACUAACUUAAGUUACUUUUCAGCAGGAAAUUGGAGCUUGUUUAAAAUUAAUAAUCCAUACAGAAAAAAGAGAAUUAUGACUUUAAUCUCAAAAUUGUGACUUUUUUUGCUCCAAAUUUUGACUUUUUGCAGAAUUCUAAUUUUAAUCUCAAAAUUCUGAUUUUUCUCCAAAUUCCAACUCCAAAGAUUAAAAUCUGAAUUCUCUUUUUCUGUUGUGGCCCUAAUCUUCUUCCAUACCAUCCAGACUAACAUCUUAUUUCCUUU